AUCGACUGCACUACUUACCCAAUUGGAGUUUGUUUAAAAUAUUUCCAGUAGUCGGUAUGACGAUUUUGACGUUAUGGAUAUUUUUGUUCGGAUUGCUGAAUGGAGUUUGCAUGGGUGAACAACCGUACACUGUACAAAAUGAGGGCUUGGAGCCAUUCAAAGGCUUGCAAGAAACCUGCGUCGACAUGUCGAAUUUGAAAACAGUUGGCCGCCAACGUUUUGUGAAUGGCUCCGUCAUAGUACUGGAGGAUAUGGAUAGCGAUAGUUUUAAAUUUCAAGUUGAGCUGUUCUCUAGUCCACAGGGUGACGGUCAAUACAAACGACUUCCAAUGGGUGUACCAAUAACGAGAAUUUGCGACGGAUUUAAAGAUCUGUAUACGAAGAUCAUCCAGCCGUCCCUUAUACAUGGUGAAAACACGAAUUUUCCGCAUAUACCGGAUGAGGGAUUGUGUCCUUUACCAGCUGGGGAAUAUUAUAUAAAAACUUUGGAGUUCAACACGGAUACUUGGCCCAAUCAAAUACCGCGCGGGGUCUUGAAAGCUGUACUGACGUUCUUCAAAAAUGAAGUCAGUGUUGGCGGAACUGUUAUGAAAAUGAAAAUUGAAGAUCGGCAGUAACACAUGUGUCUUCGUUGGCAGAAAAUUAUUAUGAAAUAAGUAUGUGGCAGAGAAUUGUUAUAUGUACGUUGAGGUGGAGGGUACUUUUUUUUAUAGAUAUUUAUAUAUGUGAAAAUUAUUACAACACAAGUGAAAAAUCGAAUGGUUUAAAAUAAAAAUUAUACCGCAUUCUUCAACUAAAACUUGGAGAAAGACUUUUUUUAUUUUGACAUUUUUUUCCAAAAGUAAAUAGUUAAAGAACUAAAGAC